GUCCUGAGGCAGGAGGGUUAACCCGGCUCCCCACCACGCAGGCUGAGGGUGCUGGGGCCAGGGAGGUGCUGGGCUCCGCGGGCUGUCACCGCCGCCGCCCCUCCCACCUCCACUUCCUCCCGCCGCCCUGCAGCCCGGGAGGCUCCGGGAACCCCGCGGCACCUGCCACACCCUGGCUUCAGCCUCUGGGAGAGAGACCUGCAAUACUACUUGAAGCUUCCCCUCUGCAGAUCCAGCCAGACCUCUUCUCCUGAGCUGGACCUGAGACUGGAGGAAGGAGGGGUUGUGCCAUCUCUGUCUCCACAGAGUCCCCAGCUCACAGAGCAGCUUCUCCCCUUGGGAUGACCUCACCCUCCAGCCCUGCAGCUUUCCGCUUUGAGACGUCAUAUGGGGUCCAAGAUGAUGGCACGGAGGAGGAAAGUGGGAAGCUGGGUCAUGGGGACGAGUCACGCCCCAUGGAGUCAAAGUAUGAUCCAGAGGACCGAAACUUCUCUCCUCAAAUCAAAGUGAGACCUGACUACCGUAACAGACCAGGAGCCAGACAGCCGGACCCAAACUACUUUGACCGGGACCGACUCUUCAGCGUGGUCUCCAGGGGUGUCCCUGAGGAGUUGGCUGGUCUGUCAGAGUUCCUGAGCAGGACCAGCAAGUACCUUACGGACAGCGAGUACACAGAAGGUUCCACAGGGAAGACAUGCCUGAUGAAGGCUGUACUGAACCUUCAGGACGGGGCCAACGCCUGCAUCCUGCCGCUGCUGCAGAUCGACCGAGCUUCCUGCAACCCCACACCCCUGGUUAAGGCCCAGUGCACAGAUGACUACUACCGAGGCCACAGUGCCCUGCACAUUGCCAUCGAGAAGAGAAGUCUGCAGUGUGUGAAGCUCCUGGUGGAGAAUGGGGCUGACGUGCAUGCCCGGGCCUGUGGCCACUUCUUCCAGAAGAACCAAGGGGCUUGCUUCUAUUUCGGUGAGCUGCCCCUUUCUCUGGCUGCGUGUACCAAGCAGUGGGACAUGGUGGCCUACCUCCUGGAGAACAAGCACCAGCCCGCCAGCCUGCAGGCCGCGGACUCGCAGGGCAACACCGUCCUGCACGCCUUGGUGACGAUCGCAGACGACUCUGCCGACAACAGCCAGCUGGUGAUUGACAUGUAUGACAGGAUCCUCAAAGCUGGUGUUGAACAGAACCCUCCUGUGUUCCUGGAAGAUAUCCCCAACUCACAGGGCCUCACGCCCUUGAAGCUGGCCGCCAAGGAGGGUAAAAUCGAGAUCUUCAGACACAUCCUGCAGCGGGAGUUUCCCAGGCCACACCAGUCGCUGUCCCGCAAGUUCACUGAGUGGUGCUACGGGCCUGUUCGGGUGUCGUUGUAUGACCUGGCCUCUGUGGACAGCUGGGAGGAGAACUCGGUGUUGGAGAUCAUCAUUUUCCACUGCCGAAGCCCGUACCGACACCGAAUGGUGGUUUUGGAACCACUGAACAAACUGCUGCAGGAGAAAUGGAAUCUGCUCACCUACAGGUUCUUCUUCAACUUCCUGUGUUACUUCCUCUACAUGGUCAUCUUCACUGCUGUCACCUACCACCAACCUACCCUAGAGAAGCAGGCCAUCCUCCCCAUGAAAGUGACAGGCGGGAACUCCAUGUUGCUGCUGGGCCAUAUUACCAUCCUGCUUGGGGGAGUCUACCUCCUGCUGGGCCAGCUGUGGUACUUCUGGAGGCGCCGAAUGUUCAUCUGGAUCUCGUUCAUAGACAGCUACUUUGAAGUGCUCUUCCUGCUGCAAGCCCUGCUCACGGUGCUGUCCCAGGUGCUGUGCUUCCUGCACAUUCAGUGGCACCUACCCCUGCUCGUGUCCUCGCUGGUGCUGUGCUGGCUCAACCUGCUUUACUACACUCGCGGCUUCCAGCACACAGGCAUCUACAGCGUCAUGAUCCAGAAGGUCAUCCUGCGGGACCUGCUCCGUUUCCUUCUGGUCUACCUAGUCUUCCUGUUUGGCUUUGCUGUAGCGCUGGUGAGCCUGAGCCGGGAGGCCUGGAGCCCUGGCGUCCCUGCCAGCCCGAAUGCCACUGAGGCAGCACGCCUCGGGGCGGGACCGAACGACGAGGAGGACAGCUCGGUCCCGUACGGGGGUAUCCUGGACGCCUCCUUGGAGCUUUUCAAGUUCACCAUCGGAAUGGGCGAUCUGGCAUUUCAGGACCAGCUGCGCUUCCGGGGGGUGGUACUGCUGCUGCUGCUGGCCUACGUGCUGCUCACCUACAUCCUUCUCCUCAACAUGCUCAUCGCGCUCAUGAGCGAGACCGUCAACAGUGUCGCCACUGACAGCUGGAGCAUCUGGAAGCUUCAGAAAGCCAUCUCUGUGCUGGAGAUGGAGAAAGGCUACUGGUGGUGCAGGAGGAAGAAGCAGCGAGCGGGCAUCUUGCUGACCGUCGGCAGCAGGCCAGACGGCCACCCGGAUAAGCGCUGGUGCUUCAGGGUGGAGGAGGUGAACUGGGCUGCCUGGGAGCAGACGUUGCCUACGGUGUGUGAGGAGCCAUCAGGGCCAGGCGUCCCCGGGCCCAUGAAGACCCCUGCCCUGCCUUCUCAACCUGAGGGGAACAGUGCCUUGGAGGAAGACCAUCUACCGCUUCAGCCCCUGGGGUCCCACUGAUGCCCCAACACAGCCGGAAGCCCUCAGGACAGAGCAGGAAAGUGGCCCAGCCCUACCUCCUGAUCUGGGGCCCCAGGGAACGUUGGUGGCGAAUACAAAUAUUUUCUCCAGA